CUCGCCGGUGGCUCGGACGUCUGUGACUUCGACAGGAGAUGAGGCCGGAUGAGUUCGUCCCACUUGCCGCUAACGAUACCGACGCGGACGACAAACUGUGGUGAAUCAUGUCCGUUGCUUUUUGCUCGCUGUAAAUGACGAUUUAGCUUGUUUUGGAUGGCUUUCCGUUAGAUAACAGGUGCCGACGAUGUCGCUGGGCGAGCAGUCUCAGAAGUGGUUUCCAACCCACGUCCAGGCCACUGUUCUUCAAGCAGCCGGUUUACAGCCCAAGGGCAAACACGGCACCAACGAUGCCUACACCAUCAUCCAGCUGGGCAAAGAAAAGUACUCGACGUCAGUGGCGGAGAAGACUCUUAACCCCGUGUGGAGGGAAGAAGCCUCCUUUGAAUUACCUGGUUUACUUGUGGAGGGCAACCCGGAGGUGUACGAGCUCUGCCUCGUGGUGAUGCACCGGUCCUUGGUGGGGAUGGACAAGUUCCUGGGCCAGAGGUUCGUCAACCUCAACGAGAUCUUUGACAACAAGGAGCGAAAGAAAACCGAGUGAGUAUCGUAGAGAGUCGCAGAGA